AUGCCAGAUGGCUUCGACCCCUUCACCCGCGGCCAAUACACCUCCUCCCCGCUCGGCAGCACCCUCUUCGUCGUCCUCCGCAGCCUCGAUCCCCUCCUCCAAUAUGUCCUCCUCACCACACCCCUCGCAACCCCCCUCCUCAACUUACUGCGCACCUCGCCCAUCCCCGCCGUUGCGCCCCCGCUUGCCUUGGGCCUCUCAGCCCCGCGCCUAAUCCUCUGGGCCAUGUCCGCCGGUGCAGCAGCGAAGCAGAUCUUCUGGCUCCUCCGCAUCUCGCGGGAGACGAUGACGCCUUCCUCGGCCGUGCUAGUUAGCUGUGGGAACUACGUCUUCAACUCGGUCAACACUUUGCUGUUCCUGGCGGCCGCGACCUCGGCUGCGGGGAAGGCGGAGUUCUUCACCCCGCCCAUGCUCGUCGGCGCCGCCGUCUACGCCGCCGGCAUCCUGACGGAAACGUUUUCGGAAAUGCAGCGGAAAGCGUUCAAGGACGAUCCCGCGAACAAGGGCAAACUGUUCACUGGCGGCUUGUUCGGGUUAGCAAGACAUAUCAACUACGGCGGGUAUAUCCUUUUCCGGGCCGGAUAUGCGAUGUUUGGCGGUGGGUGGAUUGCUGGGGCUGCGGUGUUCGCGUGGUUCGCGAGGGAUUUUGCGGGGAGGGGGAUUCCGAUGUUGGAUGAGUAUUGCUCGAAACGGUAUGGUGAUGCGUGGAAGCAGUAUAAGAAGGAUGUGCCAUAUCGGAUGUUCCCGGGGCUGUUCUAG